AUGUCUUCUCAGCAAUACAUCCCAGGCACCAACUUCCUGGUUAAGGAGCUUUAUGAUUACCUUGAGGGUUUCGGCAACUAUCACAAGUCUGAAGCGGCCGUUGGCGCCAUACCAAAAGUAAACAACAGCCCACUACACCCACCUUUGGAUCUUCGAACCGAGAAACUCUCUGGUAGCGCUUUUGCAGGCCCACGUUCUCUUGCCGUGCACACGUGGGUGUACCGAGUGCAGCCUAGUGUUGUACAUGGACGCCAUACUCCAUAUUUACAUGAAUUAGAGAGCGGCAACCCGACAAAGGCAAAGCACUUGACUCCCGACUCCAAAAUAUGGAAUGCAUUCCCGCUUCAGGAGUCAUCCGAUUGGUUCAGUCAACGUUUGAUUGGGACCACUGGCAACCCGGCAGAGAAGAACGGCCUAUCAACCUGGGUUUACAAUAUCGGCCAGGAUAUGAAGCCCAGCACAGCUUUCGCGAGCUUAGAUGGCGAGGCUCUGAUUGUUCCCCAAACUGGAGCGUUGGACAUCACCACGGAACUCGGAAAGCUGCUGGUGAGAGCCAACGAAAUUGUAGUUAUUCCUCGUGGCUUGAGAUACCAUGUGAAGCUAGUGGAUGGUGCUCCAUCUCGAGGAUACAUUUGUGAGCUAUACCAAGGUCACUUUCGCCUUCCAGAGCUUGGGCUUAUGGGAACUUCUGGGGCUGCGCAUGUACGGGAUUUCCAGGUUCCGGUAGCACACUUUGACGGCAAAAUCAUUGAGAAGGACGGCACUCAGGUGGCGACGUCAUCGAAGACCAACUGGACUAUUGUCUCACGCCUCGAUUACAAGCUUUAUGCUUGCGAGCAAGACCACACACCUUUCGACGUCGUGGGCUGGCAUGGCACCCUUUACCCAUACAAGUACGACCUCGCGAAAUUCGAUUUCCUCGCAAACGUCCACUACGACCACAAGGAUCCUAGUGCACACACGGUCCUCACAGCACCUUCAUAUGGCAAAGCGCCGAACACUGCAGUUGUCGACUUCAUCAUCUUCGGCAAGCGACACGAAGCAGCUAUGGACACCCACCGCCUGCCCUGGUACCACCGCAAUACCAUGAACGAAUUCAGCUAUUCUAUUUGGGCUGGACCACCAUCGACAGACGGUACUGAAAUCGUACCUUUUCCGGGUGCGUUUUCGGCCGGCGCAGUUACUGCGCAUGGUCCUGGUGAAGAGGAAUAUCGGGCUUUGCAGGAAGUGGAUGGAAUGAAGCCUGAGUUGGCUAUGGAUGUUCCACUAACGAUUGCCAUGUUCGAAACGGAGUGCCCGCUCUAUCUCACGGAGUGGGCGAUGGAAACGGCCACUGAAAAUUUGCCGCCGAAUAUGAAGAAGAUAGCCGAUUAA